AACUAUGGCCAGGGUUUAGGGUUUUCUUCUUGCGUUCUUUCAGGCAAGUGAGCUCUAUUGUUUUGGCCAUGGCGACUGAAGUGAUAAACAGAGAACGAUUCCAGAAGGCCUUCGACAAACUUGAAGACCAAAAGAACCUCCUGAUUACCUGCAGUGACCUAUGGAAACACCUUUCGAAACAUUUUUCCUCAUUGGAAGAAUCCCUCCUCGAGAAGUCCAAAGCCCUAGAUUCGAAGAUCGAGACUUUAGAUUCAGAGAGCAAGAAAACCCUGCAAGGCUUAGAAGAGAGGGAGAAUUCGAUCCCCGAACGCGAAUCGGCCGCCAUUGCCCUUGUUGAGGAGCAGAAAGCUGCUGCGCUGUCGACCUUCGAGCAAACGGUUUCCGGGACUCCCGAAUUGCCUGAAGCUCUCCGGUCAAUUUGCCGAAAGAUGGACCCCACGAGCUUGUUAAGGUUCAUGGUAGCAAACCGGAAGGAAUCUGUCGCUUUGAAGACUGAAAUUUCGCAAGCAAUUGCAGAAUCGGUUGAUCCGCCACGUUUAGUUUUGGACGCCAUGGAGGAUUUUAUUUCUCAGAAAUCUGGGAAAGCCGGGUUUCCUGACCGUCGUUGGGCAUGUGGAAUGCUACUCCAGGCACUGUUCCCUACAAUCGAAUCUGGUGAGAAAUCACCGCCUGUUGCCGGAAGCAUUGCUGAGAGAGCUGCUGUAGUUGCGGAGGCAUGGAAAGUGAAGAUGGACGAAAAGGAUUGGGGUGGUAUGGGGCCGGCGGAGGCAUCAAUGUUUCUACAGAUGGUUGUUGGGUUCGGAUUACAGUCGAAAUUUGAGGAGGAAUUCCUUAGAAAAUUGGUGCUGGGUUUCCCAUCAAGGAGGGAUAUGCCGAAGCUUGCUGCUCAAUUAGGAUUUGGCGAGAAAAUGAAAGAUAUAAUCGAUGAAUUAGUGAAGAAUGGCAAGGAGAUUGAGGCUGUAUAUUUUGCUUCUGAGUCUGGUCUGACUGAACAGUAUCCACCUAUCUCUUUGGUGAAGUCAUAUCUCAAGAACUCGAGGAGAAAUGCUACUAUGAUUUUGAAGAAUGGCCCUUACAAUGUGGCUGCAGCGGAGGCUGGUGCCCUGGAGUUGAAUUCAAUUAAGGCCAUCAUCAAAUGUGUUGAAGACCAUGACCUUGAAUCAGAGUUCACACUUGAAACCCUGAGGAAGCGUGUCACACAGUUGGAGAAAGCCAAGGUAGACAGGAAGAAGAAUGCUGCAGUGGGCAGCAGACCUCAUCAAAAUAAGCGACCCCGAGGUGGAAGUUCUGGCAGUGGUCCAUCUGCCUUCCGCCCAGCUAAAACAGGUAGGUUUUCCAACUCCUACUCCUCGUUUGGUCGUAGGGGCGGAGGCCCUGCACAUCAAAACCCAGCUCCAAGGUUCUCUGCACCAUAUAAUUAUCCGAGUCAGCAUGUCUAUGAGGGCCCUGCUCCAACUUCUUAUGCAUCUCCAUAUGGUGGAGCACCACACUCGCAAAGCCCUGCUGCAAUGCCUCAACAGUACUCAUUCCCAACUGAAGACAUGGGAGUUGCUGGGGCCCGGGCAAGUGGUUCAUAUCCUGCGCAGACCAGCUAUAAUGCGUAUGAUUAUGCAGCCGCGGCUCAACCCACUUACCAGCCUUCGUAUCCACAGUAAUUCUGGAACUAGAGGACUAGUUUGUAAUGCAUCUCUUGCUUCUGCAAGUUUUUCUGUAUCUGGCUUGUCUGCGGGCUUUUGUAUAUUUAAUAGGAUGUUGUUGAGCUAGAGAUAUGUUAGGCCUAUAUUUAACUCUCUUUAUUCUGGAGAAACCACAGCAUCUGAUCAAGGUUUCAUUUCAGUUAGAUGACAUACAUACUUGCUUUUUA